CAACCAACAAGAAAGCAACAAGUGGUUUCUGGAUGGAGACCAGACGAGCUUCCAAAGGAGGGGCCUGAGAGGACACACGGGAAACUGCCAACAUCUGCAGCAUCCGCAGUAAUAAGAGACUGCUCAGACCAUCUCCUCAGAGGAAAAACCAGGAGCGGACUUUACCUGGUGACCCCUGACCUCCGCAGCAGCAGCUUUCAAGUGUACUGUGACAUGGAGUUGGAUGGCGGCGGAUGGACCCUCCUGCAGCGCCGCCAGGACGGCAGCGUGAGCUUCAACCGCUCCUGGGUGGAGUACCAGGCCGGCUUCGGAGUGCUGGACGGAGGAGAGUUCUGGCUGGGCAACAACAAGAUGCACCUGCUGACCCGGGACAGGGGCAUGGAGCUGCGGGUCGAGCUGGAGGACUUUGAUGGAGUGACUGAGCAUGCGCAGUAUGAGCACUUCAGGGUUGCCAGCGAGCGGCUCCGCUACAGACUGACGGUGGGCGGGUACUCAGGUACCGCAGGCGAUGCUCUGCGCUUCAGCAAAACCUACGACCACAACAACAGGGCGUUCACCACCCCUGACAGGGACAACGACCGGUACCCGUCCGGGAACUGCGGGGCCUACUACAGCUCCGGCUGGUGGUUUGAUGCCUGCAUGGCUGCAAACCUCAACGGCAAAUAUUACUUUGGAAAGUAUAAAGGAGUACGGGACGGGAUUUUUUGGGGAACAUGGCACAACAUAUCUACAGAGUACUACCCCACCAAUGAGAGACAGUCUUUUAAAUCCGUCAGGAUGAUGACCCGACCAAAGAGCUUUGGCUUGCGUUAAUAAAGCGAACAUUAAAUGCUUUUGUCCAGGUUUCUACGAAUCUUUUGUACUUUCCACUCAUUUUAACAACGAUUCAGUGCUGCCAUCUUGUGGCCAUAAAUUCAGCAAAGUGGUUUAAUUUACUAGAAUACAGAAACAGAUGAUAAGCUAUUUUACCAAAAGAUAUUAAGAAACACCCAUACAAAUCAUUGAAUUCAGGUGUUCCAGCCAUUGCUAUGGCUACAGAUACGUAUGGGCAGGUUUGAUAAGUUUUGUAAAAAAAAAAAAAAAAAAGAAAAGAAAAAAGAAAAGAAAAGAAAAAAUAUAUGUUAUACUGGUAAUAUUUCAAUAGAAAACAGAAAUGCAUUACUUUUGACAAUUAUUGCCAAAAACUGAUUGAUUACAGUAAUUACAAUGCAAUUAAAAUAUAAACAAUAGCCUAUCUGCUUAAUUUAGAAGAGGGUAUUUCAAGUACAUAUGCUUACUGUGGUAAACAUAAUAAAUUUUUAUUGAUGUUUCAAAACAACAUUAGUGUAAUGUAUUGCUGUCCUUAGGAGUUUAUGCCAAUAUGUUGAAUGUUUUUUGCAAAGAGAACUGUUUACAAGCAGCUGAAUUUGUCUUUCUUGUAACAAGGGGAAAAGGGCUGUUACUUUCUUUCAGCCAGCUGACCAGCAGUGCACAGCAACAGAUUGGGGCAGUGCUGUUUUAACCGACGCAACCCGGGAAAACUCCGGCCCUUCUACCAAUUUCUCUGGCAUUUUAUUAAAACAACUUUAAACUGCAGUGACUAUUAUUUAAUACCUCGCUGUGCCAUCAGAAAACAUCAGGUGUAAAAUGAAGCACUGAGGCAUACAGACGACUCAGGAAUUUGGUAAAUUCAGCUGUGGUGCAGUGACAGGAUGCCACGUGUACAAUAAGCUCAUUCAUAAAAUAUCCUCACUACUAAACGUUGCACUGUUAAUUGCAGUUGGAGUCAAAACAUACUGAAAGCAACUGAGAACAGCAGCAACUCUGCCUAGGAAACGGUAUGUCUGAAAUCACAGAGCGGAGAAAAUGCUGGCUGAAGUCUCCAUCUGUCUGCAGAGUCAAAUUUCAUGCUCUCUUUAUUUUAGCUUUUCAGAGCAGUGCAUCAAAAGCUUUCACAUCACUAAGUACUAUGCAAAGACUUGAAAGCAGAGGUGCAAAACGUAUUGCAUCCAGACUCUAGAAAUCUGGAGAAAAAAAAAAUCCUGCUACUCUCUGGCUCACCAGUGGAAAAUGCUUCCCGGAAGAGCUGAAGUUGUUACAGAUGAUUAUGAACACACGAAAGACUAUUAGGAAUGAGAUUUUAUUAAAGUUCAUUUGUGUAAAAGGAAGCAUCUCAGUAUUUUUGGUAAUAUAUUACAUUACAUUGUGUUGUUCAUAACUCCUUUUGAACUGUUUUUCCUUUCAUCAGUGAAGACAAGCUACUUUUCAAGCUACCUGAAGUGUAAAUCUGACAGGUAUUAAUUUUUUUUUUAUUGGUCUGGGAUGUCUUAUAAUACAGCUUGUUUAAUUAAAAUAAACAAAAUAAGUUUUUAUCUAA